AUGGAUUUGCUACCAUCAAGAUGUAAGAUUCACAUGACAACGACGUUAAAAUGGAUCAUUACAAUGAUGACGUUGACGACGAUGAUGAUGCGAAAAGGAGAAUCAACGAGAUUGGAUAUGGAAUCAGGUAUCCACAAAUGUAUCUCCGAUGAUAUCAAAUUUAAUUACAUGACGGUUGGAACUUAUUCCAUCGUCAAUCCAAACGAAGGUCAACAUCUUCCGCCUUCUCACAAACUCUUUGUCACUGUGACGUCCCCAAAAGGGAAAACCCAUCAUCACGCAGAGAAUGUAGAGUCUGGGAAGUUCGUGUUCACGGCAGAUGAAACCGGGGAUUACAUGACGUGUUUUGUUGCUCCAGGUUAUAGACCUGUGGCAAAAUUCGCGGUUGAUUUCGAGUGGAAAAGUGGCGUAGAGGCUAAAGAUUGGACCACCAUUGCCAAAAGAGGCCAAAUCAACAUGCUGGAGGUUGAGGUGAGGAAGUUACUUGACGUGACAGAAACUAUACAUGAAGAAAUGUUUCAGCUCCGAGAGAGGGAGCGUGAAAUGCAAGAGUUGAACCGAUCAACGAAUUCAAGAAUGGCGGCACUAAGUAUAUUGUCGUUGGCGGUUACGUUGUCCGUCGCCGGUUUACAACUAUGGCACCUCAAGUCAUUCUUGGAAAGGAAAAAGCUCCUAUGAUCAAAACAUGUUGUUGCUUCUGUUUUAUUAUGUUUAAAAGA